GACUCACGUGGUGUACUCAGUACUCACCCCACUAAGAAAAUAUUUAUCACAUGGAGAAAGCAAACAGCAAAAACAGAGAGUAGUGAGUGAGGUCACAGGACAGCCCACUAGCACUAGCAAACAAGCAGCACCAUACAACAUAAUCGAUAGAUUCUGGGAAUUGAAUACACCACGAUCAAGAUGGCAGAGGAUUCGAAUUCAGCUCAAGGAGGCAUCACGCUAUUUUCUCCUUACAAGAUGCCAAACUUCAACCUCUCUCACAGGGUUGUGCUGGCGCCGAUGACGAGAUGCAGAGCUUUGAAGGGAGUUCCAAACGCGGCACUAGCAGAGUACUAUGCUCAGAGAUCAACUCCUGGUGGAUUUCUCAUCAGUGAAGGAACUCUGAUCUCUCCUUCUGCUCCUGGGUUUCCCCAUGUACCUGGAAUAUAUUCAGAAGAACAAGUUGAGGCAUGGAGGAAUGUAGUGGAUGCAGUGCAUGCCAAAGGUGCCAUUAUCUUUUGUCAACUCUGGCAUGUUGGCCGUGCAUCUCAUGCAGUGUAUCAGCCUGGUGGGGCUGCACCCAUUUCCUCCACCAACAAACCAAUCUCAGCCAGGUGGAGAAUUCUCAUGCCUGAUGGAUCCUAUGGCGUAUAUCCAGAGCCUCAACCACUCACCACUUCUGAAAUACCAGAAAUAGUACAGCAUUAUAGGCAGUCAGCAAUCAAUGCAAUUCGAGCAGGUUUUGAUGGAAUCGAGAUUCAUGGUGCACACGGGUAUCUCAUUGAUCAAUUCUUGAAGGAUGGGAUCAAUGAUCGAACAGAUGAAUACGGCGGAUCACUUGAGAAUCGCUGCAGGUUCUUAAUUCAGGUGGUUCAAGCUGUUGUUUCUGCUAUUGGAGCAGAAAGGGUUGCUGUGAGAGUUUCACCAGCAAUUGAUCACCUUGAUGCCAUUGACUCUGACCCCCUUCGGUUAGGCUUAGCAGUGGUGGAGAGGCUCAACAAUCUCCAGAAAAGGCUUGGCAGAAAACUCAGCUACCUUCAUGUUACUCAACCUCGGUAUACAGCUUAUGGCCAAACCGAGUCAGGCAGACCUGGUAGUGAAGAAGAAGAAACUCAAUUGAUGCGGAACCUGAGAAAAGCGUAUCAAGGAACAUUCAUGUGCAGUGGUGGAUUCACUAGGAAGUUAGGAAUGGAAGCAGUAGCUCAAGGUGAUGCUGACUUGGUAUCUUAUGGUCGUCUUUUCAUCUCCAAUCCAGACUUGGUCUUAAGGUUCAAGCUUAAUGCCCCUCUAACCAAGUAUAACAGAAAAACUUUUUACACCCAGGAUCCUGUUAAAGGCUACACAGAUUACCCUUUCCUGAACAAAGGAGAUAUGAGUAAGGAGCCAAGGGCAAGCCUUUGAUUGUAAUGUUAUUAUCUCUUUUUGAAUGUUGAUUCUAUGUAAAAUUGGAGUCUCUGUUACAUUAAGAGAAUGCUUUCAUUAUGAAAAUUCACCAGAUAUAAUAACUCCUACUGCAUGCCUUAA